UUUCAUGAAACGUCAGCUUUGCAGGCAAAUAGAAGACGUGUCUCUAUUGGCAAGCGGCGUGCCCAUCAACAAAAUAAAACUUCAUUUAAUUUUGCAUUUAAUUUUCAAAUAGUUUUUAUUGAAAAUAACAAUAACUCAUCCACCUUAAUAAACUACACAAUUAGUUAGCUAACAAUGCAUACAGUUCUAACCCGUGGAAACGCCACAGUGGCGUAUUCUCUGAGCGUUCUUGCCUGCUUGACUUUCUGUUGCUUCAUCUCGACUGUGUUCCUUGACUAUCGCACCGAAUCCAAAAUUAAUACAGUUAAAAUUUUGGUGAAAAACGUCCCAGACUACGGUGCUUCACGAGAGAAACACGAUCUGGGAUUUCUGACAUUCGAUCUUCAGACCAAUCUCACAGAUCUCUUUAACUGGAAUGUGAAGCAGUUAUUCCUCUAUUUAACUGCCGAAUACAAGACAAAGGAAAACGAACUCAACCAGGUUGUGUUGUGGGAUAAGAUUAUCCUACGUGGUGAGAAUACCGUCCUCGACUUUAAGAACAUGAACACCAAGUACUAUUUCUGGGAUGAUGGCAAUGGUCUUAAAAACAACAAUGUUACCCUCUACUUGUCUUGGAACAUCAUUCCCAAUGCCGGUCUGCUGCCUAGCGUCUUUGCUCAUGGCUCGCAUUGGUUCAAGUUCCCAGAACACUACUCAGUGUCUGCUGUCUAAGAUCAAACACAAGAAAAGCCAUUAAAUUCCAGCUCCUUGAGAGUAAAAGAGGAGUUUUUUGGGGUGGAAAAUGAAUUCGCUUAGUUUUAAUUUUGUUUAUUUAGAUAUCAGGAAAUAAAAAGAAAAACAAAAUUUAAGUAAAAUUA